AUAAACAGUGUCUUAAAAUCUUAUUAACAAAUAAAGUAAAAGUUAAUUAAAAAAUACGAAAUGGUUGGAAGAAAAUCUGCUGAUCCAGUAAAAAGAGUGCAUCACAAUGAAUUGGAAAGAAAAAGACGAACAAGAUUGAGUGAAUCGUUUGUUGCACUUAGAAACGCUAUAAACCUCCAUUCCGAACAUAGGGUAAGUAGAAGAGAAACUUUGCUGCAAGCGGCGAAAUUCAUCACUAAAAAUACAAUUAAAUGGGAACAAGAACAAAGAAAUAUCAACGAUAUAUCAGUAAAAAUUGAAAGAUUGAAGCAAGAAAUUUGUAGGCUGGAGGGGAAACCUUGCGAAGAAUGCGACAACAAAAAGGUUGUUAUUUCAUCUGAUAGUAGUCAAUCAGAAAGUGAUUUAGAUUUGGAUAAUCCUAAAGAUCCUGAUUGGAAUUUAUAUAACUAUAGACGUAAUUAAAACUAUUUUAAUUACGUAGAAUGCUUAAUUAUUUUUUUAGAAUUAAAUUCUUGUUUUUGUUAUUUUUGCUAAGAUUAUAUAUCUUUGAAUAAACUCUAAAUUAGU